AUGCCAGCUCGACUUGCCGUACGGCGCCCGUCCCCUACCACGGCCUCGUUCACCGCCUCAAAUGCGCCCUCACGUCGGACAUGGCCAGCGAAGCUCGCGUUUGGAGUCGAGAUCAUCAUACGCGUCCUGGGAUUCAUAUCAAUUCUCCUAGUCAAUGUUGCCACACUUCGACGCUCUAUAUUCUUUGAAUACCAGGGCCUAGGCAUUCCAGCUGACUUGUGGUUGACCAAUGUCGGCGCCCUGGCUUCUCAGAUUGCGGACCACUACCCUUACUCAAUCGUAGCUAGUGUUAGCACUGUUUUGAUGUAUCUGGUCUGGAGAAAGGGAUAUACUGAGGAGUCUCUUCUCGUGAUUCGGGGCCUGGGCGUUCAGACGUCAACCUCCUCCUCGAUGUACUGGUCCAGCGCCGCAACAAGAUUUAUCCCGACCACACAGAUUCAAGACAUUGUCAUUCACGAGGCAUUUAAGGGAUUCGAAGUUCGUUUCUACCUAGCUAUAAUCGUUGAAGGAGAACGCGACGUGGUUGUUGUCUUUCCGAAUAUGUUACCAAAGCGCAUGAUUCUUGAAGAAGUCUGGCGUGGCGCCCGUCAUUGUCUCUACGAAUCCAAACCGGUAGCAUCUUCAGGGUAG